GUUGAAAACAUUGGAGCUGGGGUUGCUUGGUUUGCCACAGGCGAUGUUAGGUGCAUAGGGAAGUUAUCUGUCUGUAUUACUAAUUAUUCCUAAACAUUACCAUCGUCAGAAAGGCUUAUGUGCUCCGUGCAGCUCGAUCUCCGAGAAGGGGUGUUUAGUGAGUCAGUCGGUGUUGAAUCCAUUCCCGUUCUACUACAUCAAUAUGGGUGUGAUCAGUGUGCAGCUGGUAGUUACCAUGGUAAUGGCCAGCGUUAUCCAGAAGAUCAUACCACACUACUCCUUCGCAAGAUGGCUCCUCUGCAGUGGCGGUCUGCGUUGGUAUCAGCAUCCCACAGAUGAUGAGUUACGGAGCCUCGCUGGAAAACUCCAAAAGGGAAAGAGCAAGAAAGACAGGAAGUACAACGGGCACAUAGACAACAAACCUCUGACCAUUCCCAAGGACAUCGACCUCCAGCUGGAGACGAAAUGCAUUGCCGAAGUGGAUACGUUAGCACUUCAUUAUUUCCCAGAGUUCCAGUGGCUGGUGGACUUUACGGUGGCCGCCACCGUGGUGUACCUCAUCACCGAGCUGUACUUCUGCGUGGCAGAGCCCAGUGGAGAGAUGAACAUCAGCGUGGUGUGGUGCCUACUGGUCCUGGCCUUCGUCAUAAAGAUUCUGUUCUCCCUCACUGCCCAUUACUUCAAGCUGGAAGAGGGGGGAGAGCGCUCCCUCUGCAUCACCUUUGCCUUCUUCUUCUUCGUCAAGGCCAUGGCCAUCCUUAUCGUCACCGAGAACUACCUGGAGUUCGGCCUGGAGACAGGGUUUGCUAAUUUCUCUGAAAGUGCUGUGCAGUUUCUUGAGAAUCAAGGGCUUCAGUCCCAGGGCCCCAUAUCCAAGCUAACCUUCAAGCUGAUCCUGGCGCUCCUCUGCUCCCUGAUUGGAGCGUUCCUGACCUUUCCCGGCCUGCGAUUGGCCCAGAUGCAUCUGGACGCCCUUACACUGACCACUGGCAAAGUCACGCAGAUUUUGCUGCAUAUCAACUUCUUGGCUCCGCUGAUAAUGGUUCUGCUGUGGGUGAAGCCGUUAACCAAGGACUACAUCAUGAACCCCACUCUGGGGAAAGAGAAUGUGCCUUUGAUGAGUGAGCAGACCUUCGACACACUGCGUCUGUGGGCCAUCCUGCUGCUGUGCGCUCUGAGGCUGGCCAUGAUGCGCCACCACCUGCAGGCCUACCUCAACCUGGCCAGGAAGGCCGUGGAGCAGAUGAAGAAGGAGGCCGGACGCAUCAGCACCGUCGACCUGCAGAAGAUGGUGGCGCGGGUCUUUUACUACCUAUGUGUCAUCGCACUCCAGUACAUGGCCCCUCUGGUGAUGCUGCUGCACACAACCUUGCUGCUAAAAACUUUAGGCGGUCACUCGUGGUGGGUGUAUCCUGAAGAGGACCAGCCUUGCCCUUUGCAUGUGAACCCUGAAGCUGCCGCCACUAUGGUGGGAGGAGCAGGAGCGUCAGGGCCCGUCGCUACGGAGACCGGGGCCGGAGGCGGGGUCGCGCCGUCCGUGGCCCAGCUGUCAGUGGCCCUGGGCGGCCUGCGGACAGUCUUCAGCCCCCUGCUCUUUCGCGGUCUGCUGUCCUUCCUCACCUGGUGGAUCGCUGCCUGCCUCUUCUCCACCUCCCUCUUUGGCCUCUUCUACCACCAGUACCUGAUGGCCGCGUAGCCCACUGGACCGGACCUGACCAGACCUGGCUGAGGUGGGGGUUUCCGAGCCGAGGACUCAGGGCUUCGGACCUCACUCACCCAACUCUCCACGCACCCCCUCUCACGACAUCAUAUCAGCAAAGCUCUUCUACGAUGUGCUUCCUUCACAGAUGACUUUUGUUGUUUUAUCGUUUUUAUUUCAGUUCGACUGUGACACCACAUGUCACUGGAGCAGGACCUGCUACUAUUAAUGGGAGUAAUAUCAUUAUCAAUAAUAAUAAUAAUAAUAAUUGAAAUAAUAAUGGUGGUAACAGUAAUAAUUGUUGAUGAAGACUGGGGGAAGCAGGACUGCUGGGGGUUCAGGGAGGAGAGGUGGGCCGGAACUGAAGUUCAGGGCGAAUGCUCCGGGGAAGCGCAUGAGGGGGACACUUUUGGCAGGAGCACGGAGGGAGAGCAGAGGCCCACAUUGGCAUUGCCUCAUAUAGAUAUUUAUAUUCUUUUUAAUGGACAAUGGAGAGUUUUAAAAUGCUUUGUUUAUUUGUUUGUUUAGAUUUUUUUUAUAAAUUGUUUUGUCCAUUAGUAGUUACCGGUGUAGAUUGUUCAUGGAAUGAAGAGAUGAGUGCCUCCCACAGGUCAUGUUCAUCGGCUGUAGUCCUUUUGACUGAGGGGAGGCGUGUGUUAAUGUGAGUGGAUGAGAGGGUGUGUGUUGACAAAUCCUUUGACUGAGACCUUUUUUGCUGUAUGUGUGUGCCUUCAUUGAGCAUCUUUUUAUGUUCAAGCUAAGUUUGUAUGGAUGUCCCCCCCCCCCCCCCCCCAUGCCUGCUGCUGCUGGCGUGUGUGUGUGUGUGUGUGUGUGUCUGAGUCGCUGUGAAAGUAAGUCAGUGUUUGUAUGCCCUCGGGCUACAGAUAACUCCUGCUGUGUUCUGGGGGUUUGAGAAUCAAAAAGGGCAUUUUGAUCAAUGAAAUCAGCAUGUAGAGCUUCACUGCAAAGCACUGUUGAAGAGAUUCUCCUCUUCUUUUUCCUUUUUUUUUACCCUUUGGUCUCAUCCAUCUGCACUGCUCACCCGGCCUCCCGACGACCGAACGUUUCCGCUCUGAACGCAGGGCCCUCGAGGAGUCUAGGAGCACACUUCGUGACAGAUUUUUAUUUUGGUGUUAUUAUGUUUAACGUUGGUGGAUCAAAUCAGUAACUUUUUGUUUUUUUUGUUAGUAUUGUUACGCUGUCCUAACGCAAAGUCUUUGAAUUCAUUUGAGAACGUGCCAAUAGAACCCACUAGGGGGUUGGUGCACAUGGCCCCACCGUCUUAGUUGCCAGUGAGAAGAUGAGGUAUUAGUCACGCAGUGCACAGUCAAGGAAAUUCUGUGUGUGUGUGUGUGUGUGUGUGUGUGUGUGUGUGUGUGUGUGUGAGUAUUUAUAAAGACAGAUCAUUUCAUGGAAGAAGCUCAAAGUGGGUCUCAUAAAGUGAAUUUCAUUUCUUCUCUGUUAAACCACCACAUGUGAAGUAUGGACGGUUAUGUUACAAUCAUAUCGGAUGACUGAUGUAGUAUUCUCAUGUUUUGUUCGUUUUUAGCAGAAACGUUUAACGUUAAAAAACGUUAUUUGAACUCUUUCAUCGGAAAGGGUUGGGAAAGUCUUAUCCUGACUCUCUUUUAAACAUCAGAGAGGAAGCACACUAUGAAUGUAAAGAUCCUGCCUAGUUUUUGUUUGUUUGUUUGUUUCUAACUAAUGAAAAUUUCAUGUAUGAACAAAUUGAUUUAUGCAAAUAUGAGCAACCUGUAACACCUAUUUAACCGUGAUGACCGGUUCUGUUAGUCAGUUAGUUAGUGGACUUUUGUCAACUACAUCAAUGGAUUUGCUUCAUGUCAGGCAAAUCCUUUGCUCACAAUGUGCUCUGGUUUAUACCCAUUUGUUGGUCCUUUGUUAUGUACAGGGACUCGCUUUGCAAGUGACGUGGGGACUGGGAGGAUUCUUUUGGGUGUCAGUAUUGCAGGGAGAUUCUGGUUUUGCAUUGCGCCAUUGGCCCUUUGUGUCUCACGUGGUCCCCCCUUCCGUUUUGGGGUUCAGCUGGACUGCAAAUGCAUUGUGGGAAUAUUGAGCAGAUACUGACAGCCUUCGCCACGCCCGGGCCUGUUCUACUUGGCCUGUUGACAUCUCGGCUCAUGGUGUACUCCUGCAGACUCUCUCUCUCUCUCUCUUUCUCUCUUUCUCUCUUUCUCUCUUUCUCUCUCAUUGCAUGUGUCCGCCGUGACUUGAACCGCUGUUUCCGGAAAGAUCAGGUCGUUGCAGUAUUCCGUUAAUCGCACUAAUCGCAACCCCCUCCAAAAAUGGUCCUAAUUUUACAAUUGAUUUUUAAUUUGUUAUAAACAAUUGCGCGUGUAUACAUUUCUAAUCCUAAUGCCAAAUGAUCUUUUGAAACGGUGUCUUUUAUUCAGCCAUUUAUGGUUUUAUUUUGAUUAGUUUUAUUUGCAUCAAA